AUGCCUUCUAAGGUCUCCUGCUUAUACUUGCUGACAGUGGUUUGCUGGGCCAGCGCUCUGUGGUACCUGAGUGUGUCCCGCCCCUCCACUUCCUACGGGGGCCAGCUCACGAUCCCCAUACGCAAAACACCCAAGUUGAACAAGAACGCCACCUUCACCAACAUCCGCACGCGCUCGCUCAACCCGCACGACUUCGACUACCUCAUCAACGAGGCCAAGAAGUGCGAGGCGGAGCCCCCCUUCCUCGUCAUCCUGAUCAGCACCACCCACAAGGAGUUCGACGCCCGUCAGGCCAUCCGAGAGACAUGGGGUGACGAGAGCACGUUUCCGGACGUGCGUGUGGUCACGCUGUUCUUGUUGGGCCGCAGCACUGAUACCGUCCUCAACCAGAUGGUGGAGCAGGAGAGUCAGAUCUUUCAUGACAUUGUGGUGGAGGAUUUCAUUGACUCUUAUCACAACCUUACACUGAAGACGCUGAUGGGCAUGCGCUGGGUGGCCACAUUUUGCUCUAAGGCGCAAUAUGUCCUCAAGACGGACAGUGACAUCUUUGUCAACAUGGAGAACCUCAUCUACAACCUGUUGAAGCCCACCACCAAGCCCAGGAGGAGGUACUUCACUGGCUAUGUCAUCAACGGUGGGCCAAUCAGAGACAUGCGCAGCAAGUGGUACAUGCCCAGGGAUCUGUACCCAGAGAGCAAGUACCCACCCUUCUGCUCCGGCACCGGCUACAUCUUCUCGGCAGACGUGGCCGAGCUCAUAUACAAGACCUCCUUACACACCAGGCUGCUGCACCUGGAGGACGUGUACGUCGGCGUGUGUCUCCGUAAGCUGGGCAUCCACCCCUUCCAGAACAGCGGCUUCAACCACUGGAAGAUGGCCUACAGCCUCUGCCGCUACCGCCGGGUGGUCACCGUCCACCAGAUCUCCCCCGAGGAGAUGCACCGCAUCUGGAACGACAUGACCAGCAAGAAACACCUGAAAUGUUAG